AUGUCGGAAACUCCAGUGUGUGCAUCAGAUCAACAAAUGGAAAUGUACAAUUCGCACAUCUAUACUUGUGCAUUAUUUUUCAAUAUGUUCAUUGGAUUCACUUCAAUUAUUCUCAUUGUUUUUGCAAUCCGAAAGCUUCUGGUGGAAUCGAUUAUCAAUGUUUCAACCAGAAUGUUCCUCAUUCUUGGUCUUCUAUGUUGCACUCUUCAUCAGACAGCAUAUAUCGUCCUCCGAGUUCAAGUAAUCUAUCAAAUCUUCUUUAAACUGGAUCAACCGUGUAAACUAUACUACAAAGCAUAUGACUGCAAAUACGUGACUUUUAGUCUUGUUGCUGGAAAUACCGGAAUGAUUUUCAUACAAUCUGCAAUGACAAUUGACAGAAUUCUUGUAACUGCCUUCACAAAACUAUGGCCAAAACUGAAAUAUUGGCCAGGAGUUAUCUUGUCUGGGUUUAUGAUAGGAUGCAACUACACCAAUGUUCAAUUGAUAUUCUGGAAUGACCCUCUAACUGAUUAUGUUCCAACAUGCGGUCAAUUUCCUCCGAAUUCUGUUGCAAGAUUUCAAAAAUUCCUGGAAAUUGCUCUAUACAUGUCAAUUGCUCAUAUGGUCAUCAAUGUCAUUAUUCUAUAUAUCAACGUCGUACAAAAUCGGCGGCAGAGUCAAACAUUCGAUGUAAACGAAAGAUAUCAAUCAAGAGAAACACUGAAAUCCACCCAAGCAAUCUUCUUUCUCUCGAUGUCCCAAUUCUUUGCUUGCCUUCUUUAUACAAUUUUCACAAAACUCUAUCUCCAAUAUCAACAUUCUCUUACUCCACUACAAGCUGGCCUAGCUUUGGCAUUGUCUUAUACAACUCCAUAUACAUGCGUUGCAAUACCUUCUCUUAUUCUUUUCACAUUGUGUUACAUCAGGAACCAACGUCAUCGAAGUAUAAAUGCAUUGAGAUCACAGACAGAAACUGGAGACGAGUAUAUGAAAAAAAUACAGAAGAUAUGGAAUAAUUAA